UUUCAACACAGCAUUUCAACUAAACAUAAUAGUUUAUUUAGGAAGCUUGGAAUAUUUGUAAUACAAACAAAAUUAUAACCAAUAAUAAAAGUCUACAGGCCAAAAUUAUUAGCCCUCUGAUGUGAAUCCCUUUUGCUUGAUAACAGCCUUUAGUCGUUUGUUGUAGUUCUCAACAAGUUUCAGGCAUGUCUCUUCAGGAGUCGCAGCCUAUUCCUCCUCAGCAAAUCUCUCAAGCUCCUCCAAAUGUGUUGGUCUCCUGGCAUGGACUCUGGUCUUCAGUGAGCCCCACAGAUUUUCUAUUGGAUUGAAGUCUGGGCUUUGUGCAGGCCAGUCAAGGACAUUUACUUUGCUCAUUUGGAGGUAGUUCUUCACCAGAAGUGAGACCUGAUGUCACUGAAAGAGGAGAGUCCAGAACUGAAUGAAAUCGAGGAGAAGGAUCAGUAUGAGGAACAUCAUAAUUUCGUAACUGGAAAAAUAUCCAUAAAGACUGAAAAGACGUACUCACGAAAAAGAACCCAGAAGACCAAAUCUAAGACUUGCCAUCAAUGUGGAAAAUGCUUCAGUAAUCAUCGAAACCUUAAAGUCCACAUGAGAGUCCACACUGGAGAGAAGCCUUUCACAUGCCAACAGUGUGGAAAGAGUUUUAAUCAAACAGGGAACCUUAAAAGCCACAUGAGAAUUCACACCGGAGAGAGGCCUUUCACGUGCCCUCAAUGUGGACAGAGUUUUAAACAAAAAAAAGCCCUUCAAUCCCACAUGAUAAUUCACACCGGAGAGAAGCCUUUUACAUGUGAUCAGUGUGGAAAGAGUUUCACACAUAAAGACACCCUUAAUUCCCACAUGAGGAUUCACUCAACAGAGGAUUGUUUUAUAUGUCAGCAGUGUGGAAGAAGUUUCGCUCAUAAAGUAAGCUUCAAGACUCACAUGCGAGUUCACACUGGAGAGAAGCCUUACACAUGCUCUCAGUGUGGAAUGAGUUUUAGACAUAAACAGUCCCUUGAUUCCCAUAUGAGUAGUCACACUGGAGAAAACCCCCAUACCUGCAAACUGUGUGGGAAGAGCUUCUCACGAAAAGGAUCUCUUAAAUCUCACUUGGACAUUCACACUGGAAAGAAACCGUUUAUGUGUGAUCAGUGUGGAAAGAGUUUCAGACGUCAAGUGACCCUUAAUUACCACAUAAGAAUUCACUCAAGAAAGAAACCGUAUUAGAUGUCAGCAUGGGAAGCAUUUCCCAGACAUAAAACGCCUUAAAAACCAUGAAUAAACAACUUGAUAUAAAUUUCACUUAUUUAUUUUUUGAGUUUGACAUGAAGCAAGCCUUAUAACUCACACAAGACUGGCAUAAGGAAGCCUUAAUAUCCACAUGAACGUUCACACUGGAGAGAAGCUGUUCAUAUGUGACCAAGUGAAAAGAGUUUCAGAUAUAAUAACCCUUAAUUAGUAUGAGGAUUACACACACACCUGGACAGAAUAUGAGUGACCACAGGACUUCAUAUCAGCUUCAGAGUCAUCAUGUGGUUGACACAUCCCACAAGGACAUUACGCAGCCAAAACAAGCUCUCCUCUUGGAAACUAUCCCGGCUGAGCCCUGCCCACAAAGCUCAUCACAAACCUGAUUGUGACGUACUACAACAGCUUCAAGACUCGGCACCCAAGGACGACUUUCUGGAAAACGUAUCACAGCCACCGGAAACACCAGAGCCAGAGCCCAUCUCACCAGACACAUCAUCCCUCUCUCCAGCAUCUCCACUUCUAAGCUUCUCACAGAAAAUGGAGGAACUGGUGAAUGCUGGGACCAACCUCACUCUUUCGCUGCAAGCCCCCAGAAAUCAACUGAAAAACGGCAGGCCCCACAACCACCAAAGACAGCAGGCCCAGCUCUCCCUCCUCCUCCUGUGAGAGCUCUCCGACUGCUGCCAGGGCCUGAUGCAGACAUAACACGUUGUCCUCUGAAUUUGAUGUGCAAACGUCUGUCAUCACUGAGCAACUUUGCUACCAACUCGUCUGGUUCCACCUGACUGUCAAUUUGCACAGUCAGCAACUGGCGAAGCACAAAGUCGUCCAAUACAAAAGUGCUCAUAAUAUCACUGCUAUCCUGUACAGUGACUGUUGCAUGAAGUACUGACUUCACUUUUGCGGUUUUACAGUAUGCUGCACAUUAUUGACAUCUGGUCAUUAAUGUCUCCAAAUUGACAGCAGGCAAGGUAUGCAGCUUUGGACACAUGUAUUAGGCUUUGACAUCUGCGGUCACAAUUUCUCCUUCUUUGACCUUAAAAUUGUCAACUGGUUGCGCAACGGUAGUUGAUACAGCCGGUACAAUGAUUAAAGACGACUGUGUAGUGGUAGACAAACAAGUGCAUCCAUCAAACUGUCGAACAGAUGCGUUCUUGAUGGUAUACCACUACCCUAUUUCCAAGACACCUCCUCCCCAGACAGUCAAUGACAAACCACAUGUUUGAUCUGCCACAUCAUAUGACCUUCUUUGCAAUCUCUGAUUGCUACGGGUCAUACCCUGUCGAUCUUCAACCAACUGGAGCACUUUGACUGUCACAUUCACCUGAAAUACAAAAAAGAAGAACCUGGCCGUACUCUGCAGUGUUAGUGUCCUCGUGCUGGUCCUGAUUCACCCACUCGUCCAGACGCUCACACUGGUUCUGAUCCAGGAUUCCCAAGCGGUUAUAUUCU